GCUUUCCCACCACGCUGUCAGGUCUCAAUUCACGAUGUCUGCCUCGAGGUAGCGCAACAAACGCAGGUUCAAAAAAGCGAGGAAAUGACAGCUCGAGAUGGGAGCGACGUCACCGCAGACCAAGUAGUCGAGGCUGUCUUCUCUCGCUACAGGGCGAGCCUGGCAAGAAGUCAUCGCCUCCAGUCCUCUUCUUCCUCCUCCGCAACGGGGCAAGUAAUCGAAUGGACGAUACUGGCAGCCGUCUGUCUCGUCUCUCCGAGCGGGGUCAUCAAAGCCACGCCGAUCGCGCUCGGCACAGGAACGAAGACGCUCCCUUUCUCCAAGCUACGCCACCCUGCGCUGGGAGAUGUGCUGCACGACUGCCAUGCAGAGGUGAUGGCUCGGAGGGCGGCGAGGACGUGGCUUGCCAAACGGAUCGCGGCCGAGAGUACUGCGAGGAAGUUAAGCCUGACGGAGAUUGAUGGCUUACCCCUGCUACUUCAGCGGGACGAGCAGACCGGGCGAGUCGGAUUGCGCAAAGAUGUCGAGUGCUGGUGGUACGUUUCCACGCUACCUUGCGGUGAAUGCUCUUCGCCCUCUUUGAUGCGCCGGCGUCAAGAACAGGACAAGCUGGCCGUGGCUGCCACUGCCGAAUGUCAGGAUACAGCAGCAGUCGUUUCCCCAGAUGCGAGCGCAGGCUCCAGUCUCAGCGUGGUACGAGGACGUCAUAAUCUACUCGCGGACAAUACGGCCCCUCCGGAGCUGCGCACUGUCCCUGGGCGAUGGGACUCUCUGCCUUCAAUUUCUCAUUCAUGUACAGACAAGCUCCUCUUCUGGUCUCAGGUCGGCUGGCAAGGCGCCGCUCUGUCGCACUGGAUUGACCCCAUCGGGAUCGACGCUCUCGUAGUCUCCAGCCCAGUCAGGGAUCACCAAGACCUCAUUGCGGCUGAGGUACAGAGAGGGCUCGAUGUGCGCCUGAGAAUGUCAGCAUGCCAGGCUGAGUCGGUCGACGUCAAGCCACCACCAGUAGUCAUCAUAAGUGAUCGCCUCUUUGACCACUCACAAGAAGUCCUCGCCCCGCUCUACCCUCCAACUACCGAUCUCAUCCCGUCAUGGACGUCCAGCUCGUGGAUCAUGCCUUCCGCGACGGACGGUAGAGCGAAAGACAUCGAGAUCGUCGUAGGCGGUAUCAAGCAAGGAGGCUCGCUAAGACGCAGUCCGAGCGACGGACCGCUGAGGGAGAAGGCACGUAGUCGGCUUUGCAAGCUCGACUAUCUCAUGCUGCUCGAGCGUUGCGGAUUGGUGGAUACAAACCUCGAGCGGCAAACAUACGCCGCUGUCAAGGGCAAGGAGCUCGAAGCUCUCGAAGGCGCCGGCGUGGUCGCCUACCGUGAGCGCAAAUGUCGAAUGAGGGGCAGCGAUGGUGAGGGGGCUGCGGCCUGGGACAGGGUUGAGGCUUGGCUGAGAGCUCAUCAGCAGCAAGAAGAGGCGAGUGAUGGCGAGAAAGCUGGGGACGCGCAACACAGCACCGAUGCCGCUCCCCUAGCCGGCUGGCUUAUCACGCCAACCGACGUUGAGCGGUUCACAGCUGCUAGUCAGAAAGCAAACGGCAAAGCUGCUAGUCAGAAAGCAAACGGCAACAAGAAAGUAGGGUAACGUAGAUGCUUUGCAUAGUCAUCGAUCCCUUUCGGGCCUAUUGAGGACCACCCUGGACUUCUCUUCACGUCGCAAUCAGUUCUUGGGCCCGAUGAAAGGAAUGAAGGCGGGCGUUUCCUCCUUGUACUUCUUCCACUUAGGAUCAUCGCCCAACUUCUUGUCAAUCGACUUCUCCAACAUCGGCACACCGGAGAUAUACCUAAUCA